AUGGAACCAGCUGCUGCUCUUAUACAUUCUUCCUCUCUCACUAUAUUCCCUUCCCCUCUCAAAGCCACACUCCGUCUCCCUCGUCUGAACUCCUUCUUACUUCAACCCUAUGGCUCUCUUCGUCUUCCACGACGCUCACUUCAUCUGCUGACGAAAUCAGCCUGCGAAAACCACAUUCACCAUCACCACCACCGACAUUGCUGUUCCGUGGGACUAACGGUAUCGAACUAUCCUCAGAAAUUGCUGAUCAAGUUCGCUAAAGCUAUUGGAUGGAUAAGAUUGGCCAACUUCCUCAGAAACCAUCUCAACCUUUGCUGCUCCUCCGCCGUACUCUUCAUCGCCGCCGCCGCUUGCCCUUACUUGUUUCCUAGGCCUUACAUUAAACCUCUUCAGAACUCCUUCAUGAUCGUUGCUUUCCCUUUUGUUGGAGUAAGGAUCUCUCGCUUGCUUCCUUCUUCUCUAUACUCGCUAACUGAGGAGUUCUUCACUAGCCGUUCGAUGGUGGAUGUUAAAGAGUUGAAGGAGAGUAAUCCAGAGACUGCACUGGUGAUUGAUGUGGAUAAUGGAAAUGUACCAAACUUCUUUGAUUUGUCGUGUAAAAGCGUCCAUGUGCACAAUGUAAAAGUUGGAUCCUAUAUUUUGGUAGGAACUGGUGAGAUUGUGCCUGUGGAUUGCCAAGUCUAUCAAGGUAAUGCAACCAUAACAAUUGAGCAUCUGACUGGUGAAGUGAAGCCAUUGGAAGCAAAAGCGGGAGAUGGAGUGCCUGGUGGGGCAAGGAAUUUAGAUGGUAGAAUAAUUGUGAAGGCUACAAAGGCAUGGAAUGAGUCGACACUUAACAAGAUUCUGCAGUUGACUGAGGAAGCAAACUCUAAUAAACCCAAAAUUCAGAGAUGGCUGGAUGAGUUUGGUGAGGUUUACAGCAAGGUGGUGGUUGUUUUAUCAGUAUCCAUUGCCUUCCUUGGUCCAGUUUUGUUCAAAUGGCCCUUUCUCAGCACCGCAGCAUGUAGAGGAUCUGUUUACAGAGCAUUAGGAUUUAUGAUGGCAGCAUCACCCUGUGCCUUGACAGUUGCUCCACUGGCUUAUGCUACUGCUAUCAGCUCCUGUGCCAGAAAGGGGAUAUUGCUGAAAGGUGGACAAGUAUUGGAUGCUCUAGCUUCUUGUCAUACUAUCGGUUUUGACAAAACCGGGACCUUAACAACCGGUGGCCUUACAUGCAAAGCAAUUGAACCCAUUUAUGGGCAUGAAGCCGGAAAAAAUGCAAGUGUAACUCCAUGUUGUAUGCCAAAUUGUGAAAGAGAAGCAUUAGCCGUUGUAGCUGCUAUGGAGAAAGGUACAACGCAUCCUAUUGGAAGAGCCAUGGUCGACCACAGUGUUGGGAAGGACCUCCCUUCUGUGUCUGUUGAAAGCUUUGAGUAUUUUCCUGGUAGAGGCCUUACUGUUACAGUUAACUAUGUUGAGUCCGUAACUGAAGACAGUAAACUGCAGAAAGCGUCACUUGGCUCCGUAGAAUUUAUCACAUCACUCUUCAAAUCGCAGGACGAGUCUAGGAAGAUUAAGGAUGCUGUAAACUCCUCUUUGUACGGAAAUGACUUUGUUCAUGCCGUUCUUUCGCUUGAUCAAAAGGUAACAUUGAUUCACCUCGAGGAUCAGCCUCGUCCAGAGGUACCAGAAGUUAUAGCAGAACUUAAAAGCUGGGGUAGACUCAGGAUAAUGAUGUUAACCGGAGACCAUGAGUCAAGUGCUAUGCGAGUUGCAAAUGCUGUAGGUAUUGAUGAAGUGUAUUGUAACCUAAAACCAGAAGACAAACUUAACCAUGUCAAAACCAUCUCAAGAGAUUCAGGUGGAGGAUUAAUCAUGGUGGGUGAAGGAAUUAACGAUGGUCCGGCUUUAGCAGCUGCAACUGUAGGGUUUGUUCUUGCUCAACGUGCAAGUGGGACGGCAAUAGCUGUUGCUGAUGUUUUACUGCUUCGAGACAACAUCACUGGUGUUCCCUUCUGUAUUGCCAAAUCCCGCCAAACAACAUCAUUGGUAAUAACAAAAGCCUUAAUAACACCAAAACUAGAGAUGCAAAAUUGUCAGAUUACAUUGAUGAUUCAUAUUAUCUCGUUUUGCAGGUUAAGCAAAACGUGGCUAUUGCGCUAGCCUCGAUACUCUUGGCUGCUCUUCCAUCAGCUCUCGGAUAUCUUCCUUUGUGGUUAACGGUAACAAUCAUGCUGCUUCUCUAAAGCUUUUAUAGAACUGUUUCUCUAAGUUUUCGUCUAUUGACUCAUAAUGCGUUAUUAUCACAGGUGCUGUUACAUGAAGGCGGAACACUUCUUGUGUGCCUUAACUCGAUACGCGGUUUAAACGAUCCAUCAUGGUCAUGGAGACAAGACAUAGCUCAACUGAUCAGCAACUUGAACUAAGGACACUUUUGUAAUAAUUAAAACUCAAUUAUUCAAGUUAUAGAAAUCUGAAAUGAAUCUCAAAACCUAAUAAAAUCUCUAAAUCCUACACUACGACCAUUAUCUCCUUGCAUACACGAACUUCCUCCUCCUCCGCCGCUUCCUAACUGUAAAUCCGCCAUGUAACUCCUCACCUCCGUCUUAAUCAUCUCUUGCAACACCGUCAUGAAAUCCCCACUACACCCCGGAAUACCCUUUACCCUCUCCUCCUCAUGUUUCCUCACCGGAAACAGCUCCGCCGUGUCUCUCCCUUGAGUUGACUCGUUGACACAAGGCAGAGACAAACUCAGAGAAGUCGCCGGAUCUUUCACCGUCGAUUCCAUCACCACACCACCAGCUCUCGCCGUUGGCUUAAAAACAUGAGACGGAGACGGCAAAACAGGUCCAAUGGAUUGCUCGCUGACGUCAGAUCCCGACGGACUUCCGGGACUCAUAAACAACCCCGUCGACACAACUCCUCCACCGCCGCUCGCCGUCCGUUUCAACGGCUGCUCAUCCGUUAAAUUACCAUCAUACCCUCCGUCGUCUGACGUCCAACCACCACCGCCGCCGCCGCCGCCGCAUUUCCGCUUCAGCGUCGAGUUCCAAUGAUUCUUGAUGGCGUUAUCGGUGCGACCAUUGAGAAGCCGAGCGAUCGUGGCCCACCUGUUACCGAACCGCGCGUGGGCGCGUAAGAUCGUCUCGUCUUCCUCCGGCGAGAAGGCACGGUGUUCAACCUCCGGAGAGAGCUGAUUGCACCACCGGAGACGGCAAGAUUUACCGGAGCGUCCGGGGAUGGAUUUGCUUAUGAGAGACCAGUUUCUUGGUCCGUGCUUUUGCACUAGCGUCUGCAAUAGCUCGUCUUCUUCGGGACUCCAUGGACCUUUUAUCCGGUCUGUUUCUUUCCGGGUCGAACCAGACAUCUUCGGAUCUUUUCUUUUGUUUGAACUUAUCGGAACCUUUUAAACGCGUUUCUUUGAGAGGAUGAUGAUGAGUGAGAGACGAGGGAUAUUUAUACGGGAUGUGAUGGUUACACGAGUCAUUGGUACUACCGUGGCGAUUGGCGGUGCGAUUUGGAGAUGCGUUUGUGUGUGACGUUAAAAUCAAGAGAGAAUCUUCCACGAAAACGGUUGGGAAUUUGGAUACAGCUGUAAGUGUACACGUGGCAUGUGAGAGUACAUUGUGGUACUAGAGAGCGUUUCACCGGUGGAGCGUUAUGUUCCAAUCAUUUCGUUUUUUCAGUUUAUUAUUCUCUCUUUUUUUUCUCAACCGAGUUUAUUCUUUUUCUGUGGAGAAAUAAUGUUUUUUUUUCUUCUUUUUUUGAA